CUCCUGAAAAAUUAACUUCGGCAUAAUUUAGUUGGUCUUUGUCUUUCGCUGUGCUCGUUACGAAUCGUCGCCACCUUCUCUCGUUUUCACAGGACUCACAGGAUUUAGGGCCGUGGCAACAAUAACAAUAACAAAAAGGCACAUCGUCGCGCAAUCAAAUACAACAGUUUUGUAGCAUACUUUUCAGCUACACUGCUGCAAUACGCAUUAAUCGAAUCAAUCAAGUUCAAUUUAGCUCAGCAGCAAGUGGUUGCUCUCCCACUUGCAAUACAAACAAAAAAAUUACAAAAAUCGAAUCCAAUUCGCGGUGCAACAAAUUGAUUUUUUGGGCUGGCGAGAGAAGCGAUAUAAACCUUCCGCGAUAUAAAAUAAAUAAAAUACACCGGCAACAAGCAGAUCGACCACCACACAUAUCCCAGCAAUCUACACUACCAGUUCUUUAGUUGUGUGAAAGAAAGCAGAUCCCACGAUGCUGAUUGGAUUAGUACGCGACUCGGUGAUGCAGUGCUUCUGCCACACGUGCCGGGCACCUGGAAUUCUGCCAGCGGUGUCUAGAAGAUCUGCGCCAAUCAAGAAAAAUAAUAAGAUUCGCUCUAAGCAGCCGCGUCUCAGCAAGAAAGUUAAAUUUAUUACCACAGAGAUUCGCUGCCAGGAAAAGUCCCGCGGUGGACUGAGCUAUGAGGUCAUCCUGGCCGAGCCGGCACCCAAUGUGGCCGUUCCAAAACGACCGGUCACCCCCGGCAAGAACGUUAGCGUCGAGGAGAUUGAGCAGAAACUUAAGGCGGCCGAAGAACGUCGCAUUUCUCUAGAAGCCAAGAAGAUGGCUGACAUCUCCACCAAGCUGGCUAAAGUCGAGGAGGCGACUCGCAAAAAGGAUGAAAUCACCAAUGAGUUCAUUACUCAGACCAAGGAGCAGCUUGAGUCGAAAAUGGAGCUGCAUGUGGAGAAGCGAGAGGCCAUCAUCAGUGACAUGAAGGAGAAGCUAAAGAUCCAUGCCCAGGAUAUCGAAAAGACGCGUGAGACUCUUGAGCAGCAGAAGGCCAACGAGCAGAAGGCAAUCGAGGAAAAGUUGAAGAUUGCUCAGUCUCUUCGCGAUGAGAAUAUCAAGAAAAUGUUGGAUCGCCUAAAGGAGCAUAACACAAUCAAAAUUGCCGAAAUCAAAUCGCAGAACGAUCAAUUGGAAUGUCAAAAGCUCGAGGAGAAAGCGCGCAUUUAUGAGAACAAAUUGUUCGCCGCCGAGCAGAAACGCGAAAAGGAAUUGCAAAAAAAAAUUGAAAAAGUUCAAAAACUCGAACGUCGCGCCGAGCUAGUGCGCCAGAACAAGGCCCAGGCCCAGGAUUUGGAUGGUCAGCAGAGCGCCAUUGCCUCCUCGGGCUAAGUGGAGCGAUCCUGCAUCGAGAGCUGUGCUCACCCACUGCAAACAAGGUUACAAGGCGACUACAAAAAGAACAGCAACACUGCAUAAUACACGAACACAUAUUUAAGCAAGAAAACCCUUAAAACUGAAACCAAUUUCUCAAAAUUUCCAAGUAUUAUGAAAGCAAACGAAGCGAAGGGCAAGGGCAAAGUCUCAAGAUACCGCUGAGCGAGUUUUCUCACGAGCUCUAUAAUGAAACACUAACACGAAUAAGCUACGAUAAAGCAAAAAAAAAAAAAGAAUUGCUUACGGCAAAAAACAAUUAGUAAAGGAAAUCUACAUUUAAACUUAAAAGCCCAGGCAGAAAAGCCUAUGCAAGUUGAAUGCAUGCCUGUCAUUUAAAAUUUAAAAUUCUUUUAAAAGUUCACGUUGAUUUCAGUUGAAAGUUUAACAAUUUUUACCUUGAGUUCCACGAAUGUUAUAUUAGUUUUGGAUUCAUUAUUUUCAAAGUCUUAGUCUUAAAUGUUCAAGUUUUUUUUUUUAAUUGCUGUGGCAUCGACUGAGGUAUUCUCAAAAUAAUAAGCACGCUGUAUUUGCAUCUAUGAAUGGCUUUCGCGAGUAAAAAUUUGAAAAUGUUUUUAAUUAAGUUAAUGUAUACUUUAGUCGUAAUUUUAAUUUACUAACUUGUAACAACAUGAUACAUAUACAUGCUGAAUAUAGUUUUACACUAACAAAUAAUUUGUUCUUAUAAGUUUCGCAUUUUCUAUCUAUAAAAUAAAUGUCUAACAGAAAAAAUACAUAAGAAAUGCUUAUACAAUUCAAUAAAAUCAAAUACCAUGUAAAACACACGAAACGCAUUUUUCUUUUAUUUACAUACAACACGAACACUAAAAACGCUGAUAUAGACAUUAAUAUACAUGGAAGGAAACUACGUAUAAGCAUACAUUAAUGUGUGUACUAUUAUAUGAAAAUGCAUAUUUUGUCUAACGUCGGGUUAUUUUUAGAAAUGGGUUUAAGGAGAGUGAAUGUGGGGGUUAAAAUAAAACAAAAAAGUAUUUAGGGCAAACCAAAUGGAAUAUGAAUAUUUAGGAAAAUUUUUUCCAAAAACCUGCGAGUUAUUUUUAAUUUUGCAC